CAGGGAGGUUGCAUUUCCGGUUCCGUUCGCGCCGUCAUGUCCGAUACUAGUGAAGACACCAUGAAGUCCAAGGAGCGGGUGGAGAUCAGCGCCAUAAGUGGCAGCACUGUCUCCUUUGCCACCGAUGCCAGCAAUGGCUCGGACAGCUUCGGAGUAUUCCAGUCAAAGGAGAACAUCCUGCCGAAGACGGAGAUGGAGGUUGAGGCCGGGAAGGCUUCGCCCGAGUACAAGGUCACCCAUCCGACCUCGUACCUCGACACCAUGCUGCACAUCUUCCGCGGCAACAUCGGCAGCGGGCUGCUGGCCAUGGGAGACGCCUUCCGCAACGGAGGCAUCAUCUUUGCUACCAUCACGACUGCGUUGCUGGGCGUCAUCUGCGUCCACGCUCAGCACCUGCUGCUGAACUGCUCGGAGCAAAUGCAUGGGCAGCUGAAUCUGGAGAAGCCCCCGGGCUUCGCCGAGACGGUGUUCCUGGUAUUCCAAAACGGACCGGCCCGCCUCCGCCCGCUUGCGCCAGCUAUGCGGGUGAUCAUCAACAUGUUCCUGUGCAUCACCCAGCUCGGAUUCUGUUGCGUCUACAUCGUAUUUAUUGCCACUAAUGUGAAAAUGAUUUCGGAUUACUAUAACAUCGUGAUCGACCUGUCGAUCCACAUGAUCAUCGUGGUGAUCCCGGUGCUGCUGGCAUGCAUGGUGCGCAACCUGAAGUACCUGACGCCGUUCUCCACCAUCGCCAACAUCAUGAUGGCUAUUGGCGUCAGCGUCGUGGUCUACGAGGCCAGCCAGGAUCUGCCCUGCAUAUCCUCCCGGGACUACAUCGCCAGCUGGCAGCAACUGCCGCUGUAUUUCGGAACGGCUGUGUAUGCUUUUGAAGGCAUUGGACUCGUACUGCCCCUCAAGAACGAGAUGCGUCAUCCGGAGCAGUUCCAGAAGCCGCUGGGCGUGCUGAACGUGGGCAUGAUCUUCGUGGGAACCAUCUUCAUCGUGGUCGGCUUCCUCGGCUACCUCAAGUGGGGUGACGACGUCAAGGGCAGCCUGACCCUCAACCUGCAACCUGGACUUAUCUCGAGCAACAUCGUGCAGACCCUGAUCGCGCUGGCCAUCAUGUUCACCUACCCGCUGCAGAUGUACGUGCCCGUCGACAUCACCUGGCCGGCGCUGCGCAAGCGCUUCGCGGGCGCUUCCCCCGUCGCUACGGAGCUGGGAUACAGGGCUGCUUUGGUACUAUUGACCUUCAUCCUCGCCGAAUCAAUCCCGCAUCUCGGCCUGUUCAUCUCUCUGGUGGGCGCCGUGAGCAGCACCGCCUUGGCGCUGAUCUUCCCGCCGCUGAUCGAGCUGGUCGUCGCAUCCCAGAAGGAAAACGGACUGACCACCUUCAUGGUCCUCAAAGACGGUAUUAUUAUCGUGCUCGGGGUGUUCAUCUUCAUCACCGGCACAUACGAAAGCGUCGCCUCCAUCGUCGCAGCGUUCCAGGAGUAAACCACCACGGAAUUUAAAUGGUUUCGCUCAUUUCCAACUUUCCAUGUUGUAUUACGUUGAUGACAUGAUGAUUUAGUGACCUUUUUUAACAGGUUGUUU